UUUCAUCAUCCCUCCCAGGCCGACACAAUCCCUAUCCAUUAUCGACACUUGCUUGUCUUAGGUACGACUUCUGGAAGAUUGACUGAAUCCGUAUUUUGGUCCCAGAGACACUUCAAUUGUUACUUCAGCUCCCCCUAGCCUUCUUUCACUCGUUCCCGGGAAGGCGACUUUACUUUCUUCUGCGACGCGGUGGAUCAUGUAAACAUGGACCAUCAACAGAGAGCAGAAGCGAUUCAUAUGUUAGACCUCAAAUACCGAGGCACAAUGCACCAGACAGACCUUAUAGUCAAGGACGAGGAGGCCCGCCGCCUCAAGCUACGCGUCAUUGUCCUCCGGGACGAGGUUGCUGUCCUCCGCGACCAGCUGGCAGAGAAGGACGACCGUAUCAGCAACCUGUCGCAGCAGUAUGAGGAUAUACGUGCCCAACUGGCCCACAUGAACGACACAUGCAAGAACCAAGCGGACCAACUGCGCUUACAGGCACGGCAACAAUCAGAUCUCAAGGCCGAGCUGCAAGCAUUGAACAACAUGCCCGACGACUCUUCCAAGACCCUCGCAGAGAAGCUGGCCCUCUCUCGAGAACUGGCUGUCCUAAAGCCCGAGAUCGACCACCUGCGGUCGCAGGUCGCCCACCAGAAAGACGUGCUUGCUGAGAAGCUUGCCCUCGAGCGGCAACUCAGUUCUCUGGAGACGGAGCUUGCCAAAGAGAGGCUCGCAGCGGAGAAGGUGCUGCAGCGCCAGGAGAGCGAGGACAAGGAAGCCAACGAAGAACUCCAGCAACGUGUCACAGACCUCGAAAAGCAGCUCGCCGCCGAGAAGAAGGCAUCACAGAAGGCCAAGAAGUCCCAGGACAAGGGACAGGCAGACGCCGAAGAAGCACUGCGGCAAAAAGUUGCGGACCUGGAGAGUAGGCUUGCGGCUGAGCAAAAGGCUUCAGAGACUGCGAAGAAGACCCACCAAAAGGUGCAGAGUGAUGCGGAAGCGGAGCUGCGGCAGCAAGUUGCGGAUCUUGAGAAGAAGCUGGCCGACGAGAAGCGCACUGCUCAGAAGGCAAAGCGCUCAAAGGACAGCGACGGGAAGGAACUCCAAUCGGAACUGCAACAGAAGGUACAGGAGCUCGAGGAGAAGCUCACCUCGGAUGCGCGCGAGGCCGAGCGGGCCCGAAGAGCCAGCGACAAGGAGGUUGCCACUGCCAACGAUCAGGUGGAAAUGCUCACACAGCGCGUGGAGGAGUUCAAGAACAAGUUGAAGGAGGUCCGCGCCGAGCUCAAACAAGUUCGCGCCGAGCUCACCCAGGCCCAGACUGCAUCUACUCGGACCACAACAACCACCGUACCACUCAAAGACAAUGAGACCAAGAGACCGCUCAGCAAAGCGAAGCCGGGGAAGAAGCGCGGAGCCAACGAAAUCAGUGUUGAUGAGAUGAUGAUGGACACACCCGGGCACGUUGAGGGAAGGGGCAAGCGACCUCUUAAGAAGAGGGGCGUCGACUUCACAACGGUCGGCGAGAAAUCCACUUUCUCCAUUACGCCUUUCUUGGAGAAGUCGAACACCAUCAACUUGGCCGAGACCAUUGAGGAGGAGGACGAAGAGCCAUCCGUGCUUUACGGGAAGGGUGAUCCCGCAGCACCGAUCAUCGAGCCGGAGGCGGAGGUGGCCGAGGACAUUCCUAUAGCCAGUGCGGAGAAACCAGCCAAGUCGGUGUCUAAGGCUCUCAAAGCAACGAAGCCCAAGGCGACGGAUGCAACUCAGAAGAAGCCUCGUGGCAGACCAAAGGCGCAGGCUUUGAAAGAGUCGUCUCCCAACACGAAUGCGCCCUCAGCCGCCAGUCGCACGUCGCCGCGCAGUAAAUCAGCGUCUUUGGAGAAGGUGGUCGAGGAGCCCGAAGAAAAGCCAAGCACGGAGAACCCAACUGCUCCAAUCCCCAAGGACAAGUCUGCACCCAGCACUUUCGAGCCAGGGAAUGUCAGCUCAGAAAACCCCGAGCCCAAGAAGAAGAAGCGCAAGCUGCUUGGUGCUUCCAACAAGGGCACCAUAUUCGACAAGGACGAAGACGCGGGCGAGGCAGAGGCCGCAGCUGCGCCGAAGACGAGUUCAGCAGCAGGCGGCGGCAAGAGGAAGCCCGUUGGGCUGAAGAACUCGAAGGGGCCCGUUUCUACUCUUGCUAAGAAUGCGUUCGGCGGCAAGGCCUUUUCGCCCCUGAAGCGGGACCGAAGAGGCGUGAAUGCCAGCUUUUUGGCUUAAGAAGUAUGUUCGAUCGUUUGGAAUGGAGUGAGAGAGGGUAUGCAUUAUUCUGUCUAACGGCCGCUGUACGGACUGGACUCUCUUUUGUUGCAUUGUGCUGGAGUUGUAUUGGUGCUUCUAUACGCCCAAUGGACUGGCGUUUUGGAACGGUAACGGCUGGAAAGGUCUUGGGUCUCAGGCGUGGUGACUUUUUGACUGAGCUUUGCUUUACAAUGUCUUAUUUGACUCAAUGAAAAGAUGGUCAACCUGAUCUGAAGCUCAAGCUUGUGAAGAGGAAAGUUGGUUCCAGUGCUGAUUCUGGUCGCGGCCACAGUCAUACCCACACUUGCAAUGCACUGUAAUCGGCGUUAUGAUUUAG